AUGAGCUUGGAUCCCUUUGUCCGGGACUUCCACUGGACAGAUUUGAGCGAUGCCCAAGUAUCGAAUAACAGUGGCUGGGCGGUCUCCUCUAUGCUUCUGGGGCAAGUGGUAGGAAUCCUUAUAUCAGGGCCGCUGGGUGAAAGACGGGGGCGGAAACCCGUGAUUAUGGCAGCUGCCAUUUUCUAUACCAUUGGUGCACUUCUGAUGUGUGGAAAUGUUGGUUCGUUCGCCGAAUUGCUCGUGGGGAGAAUUCUCUCCGGUAUAGGGUCGGGAUUCGGUAUGACAGCCGGGCCUGUUUACAUCUCUGAAGUCGCCCCCCAGGAACUACGCGGCAUGAUGACGACUUUCUACAACAUCAAUAUCAUGGGUGGUGUUGCGGGAAGCUACUGGAUCAACUUCGCAUCACAGGGUGUUAUCUCGUCUCAAUCUAGUUGGCAGUGGCGUACUACUUUUGUCCUGCAAGCUAUUCCAUCGGUUAUUCUUUUUAUUGGCUACCCUUUCUUUCCGGAAAGCCCUCGAUACCUCAUGAUGCGUGGGAGGGUGGAAGCUGCCCGCAGCAAUCUAUCUCGACUGCGAGGCGGGCUAGAUGAGUCCAACGAUUACUUUGCGCGAGAGUGGAUGGAACUGCAAAGCAAAGUUGACACCACGGCGGAGGCAUCCGCUCAGUCAGCGCUCAAGUCAACCCUUUCUCUUCUAAAAACAUGCAUCUCUCAUGCGCCCACACGCCGUCUUUUGAUCUUUGUCACGCUGAUUCAGACAUUCUUCAUCAUGUCGGGAGGAAACUCCAUUACCUAUUACGCCCCGACAAUCUUAAAGUCAAUAGGCCUAAACUCCACACAGGUCCUUCUUUUCACUGCUGUCUACGGACUGAUCAAAGUGGUCUCAGUCUUCCUCUAUGCUUUCUUUUUUACGGAUCGCUUUGGUAGGCGACCACUUCUUCUCAUUGGGUCCGCCAUGAACACGGCUUGCUUGCUCUACCUAGCCGUCUAUCUUGGCGUUGCCGAUCUGUCAAGUGCAGCUGCGCCGUCCCCAGCCGCCUGGGUCAGUAUCGUGAGCAUCUGCCUCUUUGCUGUCGGCUACGCGAUUGGUUGGGCACCAGCCUUCUCUCUGACAGCAUCAGAGAUCUGUCCCACACAUCUGCGCGGCACCAUCGUCAUGCUCACGUUCACGUACCAGAAUCUGCUGAACUUCGGCAUCACGAGAGGAUUUCCCAACAUGAUUGUUUCUAUGAAUUCCUACGGACCGUUUGCCCUAUUCACGGCGUUUACUGCGUGUGCCACUGUCUGGGUGUUCUUUGCUUUCCCUGAGUGUAAGGGACGCAGCAUGGAGAGUGCAAGUGCAUUGUUUUUACUCCCCUGGUAUAAGAUCGGGUUCCAGAAGGUUCCCACGCUUGGUGAGGAGGCAAGAGACAAUGAUGAUGAGGAGAAGGUAAUCUCCAUUCAUGAUGAGGAUAUCAAGGCGAAGGGCAGAGACACGACGCCCUAA